AUGCUGCCGGGGCAGACUGUGGCGUUAAACCCCCAGGGGAAUGUCUCGCGGUAUCGGUCUGAUGAGGAAACAAAUGGCUUUAUUUACCGUGAACAAAAGGGUCGGGAGAAGGAGAACGGGAACGGCCGCAGCUCUACAAAGAGGGCAGUGACUGAGCAGAAAGGAAUUCGCGAUGGUGAUAGUGGCCCGAUGGGCAGCAAAGGACACUACAGAUACCACUGGCAGAGCCACAAUGUCAAGCACAGCGGAGUGGAUGAUAUGGUCCUGCUUUCCAAAAUCACUGAAGAUUCCAUAGUGGAGAACCUAAAGAAACGAUACAUGGAUGACUAUAUUUUUACGUACAUUGGCUCUGUGUUAAUCUCUGUGAAUCCUUUCAAGCAAAUGCCAUAUUUUGGGGAAAAGGAAAUUGAAAUGUACCAAGGAGCAGCACAGUAUGAAAACCCACCACAUAUUUAUGCUCUUGCGGACAGCAUGUACAGAAACAUGAUUAUUGACAGAGAAAAUCAGUGUGUCAUUAUUAGUGGGGAAAGUGGUGCUGGAAAGACUGUAGCAGCUAAAUAUAUCAUGAGUUAUGUCUCCAAAAUUUCAGGAGGUGGUCCUAAAGUACAGCAUGUUAAAGAUAUUAUUCUACAAUCCAACCCUUUGCUGGAGGCCUUUGGGAAUGCAAAAACUGUACGGAACAACAACUCCAGCAGAUUUGGGAAAUACUUUGAGAUACAGUUUAGUCCAGGUGGAGAACCAGAUGGAGGGAAAAUCUCCAACUUCCUACUGGAAAAAUCUCGAGUUGUAAUGAGGAAUCCUGGAGAGAGGAGUUUUCACAUUUUUUACCAGUUAAUUGAAGGGGCCUCCUCAGAACAGAAGAGCAGCCUUGGCAUUACCAGUAUGGACUACUAUUACUAUCUGAGUCUCUCUGGGUCCUACAAAGUUGAUGACAUCAAUGACAAAUCAGAUUUCCAAGAAACACUGCAUGCAAUGAGUGUGAUUGGGAUCUUUGCAGAGGAGCAGGCAUUGGUUCUGCAGAUAGUGGCAGGAAUAUUGCAUUUGGGAAACAUCAGCUUCAAAGAAGUUGGCAACUAUGCAGGAGUGGAGAGCGAGGAGUUUUUAGCUUUCCCUGCUUUUCUCCUGGGAAUUAACCAGGACCGCCUGAAGGAAAAACUGACCAGCAGACAGAUGGACAGCAAGUGGGGAGGCAAAUCUGAGUCCAUUCAUGUCACACUAAAUGUGGAACAAGCCUGCUACACCAGGGAUGCACUGGCCAAGGCCCUUCAUUCCCGUGUUUUUGAUUACUUGGUGGAUUCUAUUAAUAAGGCUAUGGAGAAGGACCAUGAAGAAUACAACAUUGGUGUCCUUGAUAUUUAUGGCUUUGAAAUAUUUCAGAAAAAUGGUUUUGAACAGUUCUGCAUCAACUUUGUAAAUGAAAAGCUGCAGCAGAUUUUUAUUGAACUGACACUGAAGGCAGAGCAGGAAGAAUAUGUGCAAGAAGGAAUUAGAUGGACACCAAUAGAAUACUUUAACAACAAAAUAGUGUGUGACCUUAUAGAGAACAAAGUGAACCCCCCAGGGAUUAUGAGCAUUUUAGAUGACGUGUGUGCCACAAUGCACGCGGUGGGAGAAGGGGCUGACCAGACACUGCUCCAGAAACUCCAGAUGCAGAUUGGGACUCACGAACAUUUCAACAGCUGGAACCAGGGCUUUAUCAUCCAUCACUACGCUGGAAAGGUAUCUUAUGAUAUGGAUGGAUUCUGCGAGAGAAAUCGGGAUGUUCUUUUCAUGGACUUGAUUGAACUCAUGCAGAGCAGUGAUUUGCCUUUUAUAAAGGCUCUAUUUCCUGAAAAUCUUCAAGUGGACAAGAAGGGCCGUCCUACCACUGCAGGCAGCAAAAUCAAAAAACAAGCCAAUGACCUUGUUGGCACCCUGAUGAAGUGUACACCCCACUACAUCCGCUGCAUCAAACCCAAUGAAACAAAGAAGUCUCGAGACUGGGAGGAGAGCAGGGUAAAACAUCAAGUGGAAUACUUGGGUCUGAAAGAAAAUAUUCGAGUCAGAAGAGCUGGCUAUGCCUACAGACGGGUUUUCAAGAAGUUUCUGCAGAGGUAUGCCAUUCUGACCAAAGCAACCUGGCCCUCGUGGAAAGGAGAAGAGAAACAAGGAGUCCUCCACCUGCUUCAGUCAGUCAACAUGGAUCCUGACCAGUACCAGCUUGGGAAGUCCAAAGUCUUCAUCAAAGCUCCAGAGUCUCUGUUUCUGUUAGAAGAAAUGAGAGAGAGGAAAUAUGAUGGGUAUGCCAGGGCCAUCCAGAAGGCCUGGAGGAAGUACGCGGCCAGGAAAAAAUACGUGCAGAUGAGAGAAGAAGCAUCAGAUCUGUUGCUGAACAAGAAAGAGAGAAGACGGAACAGCAUUAACAGGAAUUUUGUGGGAGAUUACAUAGGCAUGGAGGACCACCCCGAGCUCCGCCAGUUUGUGGGCAAGCGGGAGAAGAUCGAUUUUGCAGACACUGUAACUAAAUAUGACAGACGGUUUAAGAGCGUGAAGAGAGAUCUCGUCCUCACUCCCAAGUGCAUUUACCUGAUUGGGCGUGAAAAGGUAAAGCAGGGCCCAGAGAAGGGCCAGGUGAAGGAAGUCUUGAAGCGAAGGAUGGAAGUGGAAAGAAUUCUUUCUGUUUCUUUAAGCACCAUGCAGGAUGACAUUUUCAUUCUACAUGAACAGGAAUAUGACAGUUUGCUUGAAUCAGUCUUCAAAACGGAGUUUUUAAGCCUCUUAUCUAAACGAUACGAAGAGAAAACACAAAGAACACUACCUCUGAAAUUUAGCAAUACACUUGAAGUGAAGCUGAAGAAGGAGAGCUGGGGGCCCUGGAGCAGUGCUGGUUCUCGACAGGUGCAGUUUAUGCAAGGCCAAGGAGAUGUAGCCAUUCUCAAACCAAGUAAUAAAGUGCUGCAGAUCAGCAUUGGACCAGGGCUACCAAAGAAUUCCCGUCCUACUAGACGGAACCUUACCCAAGUCAGAGGAUAUUCCAGUAGGUCUCAGAAUCAGACUUACCCUCUGAGAGCUGCACCACCUCCUCCGGGUCAGCAGCAGAAUGGAGUAAUAAAUCCCCCCCAGUCUGCAGCCCACCCCCAGACCCCAGGAAAUCACUGGGCCAAUCAGAAGAACCUGUACACAAGUAUGACACGACCAGCUUUACCACGGCAAACAUCAGGAGGAUCAGGCAAGAUUUCACAGCAACCACAAAGCUUGGAUUUCUUGAAAGUGCCUGACCAAGGAGCAGCUGGUGUCCGCAGGCAGACGUCGAGCCGCCCGCCGCCGGCCGGAGGGAGGCCCAAGCCGCAGCCCAAGCCCAAGCCGCAGGUGCCGCAGUGCCGCGCGCUCUACGCCUACGACGCGCAGGACACCGACGAGCUCAGCUUCAACGCCAACGACGUCAUCGACAUCCUCAAGGAAGAUCCUUCUGGCUGGUGGACUGGAAGACUACGAGGGAAACAGGGUCUGUUUCCCAACAACUAUGUCACCAAGAUUUAA